UAUAAUGAAUGACCUUUCAUGUGAUGUAUGAAGACCUAUGCAGGAGAAAUACUGGGGAGUGUCUGUCUGGGGUCACACAGAGCAAAGAGGGGGAGCAGGGAAGCUGCUGCUGUGUGUGAUCCGUGAUCUGUCACGUGUCUUUUCUUCCUCGACGCUGGCUGUAAAGUUUUGUGUCACUCGCUGAGGCUCAUGGGGUUUUGGCGCCAGUCAUUUAAUAAAUAAUCGCGAGAUUUGUUAUGCUAUAUGCCGGGCAGACAUGGCAAGUUGUGCAGUGGUUACCAACUGAAUUGAUACUCCGUAACUGCGGCGUCCUGAGGUUAAUACACUGUCUGAGAUGUCGCAAGCAGCAGAGCAGGAAGAGCUGAGCCGCCGGAGCGGGGACACCUCCCGGAGAGAGCUGCCCGAGCUCCUCUCCAUGUUCCAGCAUUCAGACAGUUGGAGCGAGAAAAUUAGAUUAUUUAAUAUUGUAACAGAAAUGUUUCUGCCUCAUAUCAGCUUUUUGGAUCUAGAACACACUGUAUUUUCCCAGGUGCUACCAAAGACUGUAAAACAGUUCUGCAAUGCAGUGAAUGAAAUCUCUAGUCAAGCAACGGAAUUAUCCAAUCAAAAUACCGAACUGAAGAGCGCAUUGCGGAAUAUUCUGCAGUGUUGUCUUUUUAUGGGACAGGAUAUGAUUCAGUGGCUGGAAGCUCUUACAGCAAGUGUGCGUUAUGUAUGUUCUGUAGCGGAACCACUACAUUUUGAAAAUAUCCAAUCGCUUCCUGAAUCCGUACUGCAUAUUCUUAAAGCCACGUUCACCCACUGCAAGGACAGUGAUUCUGUAUAUAGUGGUAGGCUCCAUCUGGUUUCGGAUCUACUUCAAGCCCUUUUCAAGAAAGCUGUGUGCCUUCAGAAGCAAUUGAUGGAACUGCUAGAUAAAACCUCUAUAAGCUCCUCCACUUCGGAGAAGGAAGUUGCAGUCACAGUGUCUGUGUUGCAUAUAUUUUUAGACAUUUGCUCAAUUGUGUCUAAAAUGGAUCAUGCGCUGCAUGCAAACACAUGGAAAUUUAUUAUCAAGCAGUGCGUGAAACAUCAGUCAUUGAUAGAAGGUCACCUGCAUCACCAUGAUAUUGUCAGUGGUUUGUGUGAUGACAUUCUGCUAUCCUUCCAGUCGUGCUUGCAAUUGGCAGAACACAUGAAGUUGACACAAACACAGGAAACUGCAGACCAACGGUUAUUCCAGAAAACCUUAAAAUUGUGCCGGUUCUUUUCUAAUUCACUUCUGCAUUACACCAAGGAGUUUAUGCCCUUUUUGUCUGAAUCCUGUAUUCGUUUUCAUCACUUGUAUCUGCAGAUAUAUAGCCUUUUCCCGCCAAGUCUAUCUGCAGUUUUUAUCUGUGACGGACAUAAAAAUGAAAUAGCCAGUGUGUUUCUGGUGGUUCUAGAAGCUCUAAUUCUUCAUCUUUUGUCCUUUGCGCCAUUUAUGAAAGUGGUUUUGAGUGAAUUUCAAGAGCUUCCACGUGAACACUUAUUCCCACAUUGUAUACUUCUCCUAAACAUACUGGACAAGCUUCCAACUCUGACUGAAGAUGAGCAGAUUUUGUGGUGCUCAGGAUGCAAAUCUUCAGAUAAAAAUCCAAGAUUGUCUAUAUUUACAGCUAUAUUUCAGAGCUUUGCCGUAUGCUCUCCCGAGUUCUCUCUUCCUGUGGUUAUGCAUGAAGCCUCUGUGAAGGGACAAAUUUCUCCGGAUAUUACAAUUUAUCAAUAUAUAUAUACUCACCUUUGUGCCUAUGUUGUAUUACUACCGCCAGCAUGUUUUUCUGAAUUGGAGAGCUCUCUGCUGAAUGCUGUUCUAAGUAACAGAAUGGUGGAGUCUCUUCUGGCAAUUGAUGCAUGGUGCUUUUUGGCACGAUACGGAACUGCAGAACUGUGUGCGCACCAUGUUAAGGUUAUAGUUCACAUGGUGAAGUCAUGUCCUAGUGACACCUGCCAGCUUGCUCACCUUACUGUACUACUUAGACGUCUGCUCUUUUUACUGGAUUCUGGUCACCAGGCAGAGGUUAUUAAAAUGUUUCCACCAGAUCAAGCAGAAAAUCUCUCAUUCUGGCCCCAUGUUUCCCUUGCAUCACUGCCUAGUGCUAUGGGCACACAGGUGAAGAAGGCACUUUUCACAACAGCGUUGACCGAAUGCAGUAUCUGUCUGACUGGCAUGUGGACAUUUGAAGGCAUAAAGCAGUUGAAUGUGUCCCUUUCUGCACUGUUGACGGCAUGUAAUUUUUGUGAGAAGUUGCUUGAUAUACAACACCAGUCUGAUGUGGCAGCAAUUAUUGUCCAGCUGUGCCCUCUUCUUUGUACAAAGCAGGUCUCAGAACUGCCUGCCCUGCAAGAAACUCUGUGUCUUGUUUUGGCUCUCUUUGCUUUUAUUGUGAAGACAGUAGAGCCUGCCAUAUUAGUCCAGGUUGUAUCCUUGAUUUCAUCCGUGUGUCAAGGGAAUUCCCCAUCUCAUGUGAAGUUGGCAGCCUUGGACUUCUUGUCGCUACUUGGAAAGAUUAUUAUCCCUAAUGAAGCUCAGACUGCAGUUUUACCAAAGAUAUCAGACUUGUUCUCCAGGCUCCUUGCAGAUGAAACAUGGAUAAUUAAUCAGCAUGCAUUAGAAGCUUUCACUCGGUUUGCUGAGGAAACAAGACAUGAAGAAAUUGUCCCACAAAGUUUGAGUACCGAAGAUACCAAGAACCAUGUUAUAACUUUUUUAAACAAGGUCAUUCCUGUUACAGAGAUUGAUAAUAGAAGACAGGAUCGACUUAAGGAGGAACAGAGGUUUUCAGAGACCUUUUUUGCAAAAAUCUCACAGAGGCAUAAAGAAGAAACAUUUUCUAUAGAGCCUUCUACAAAGCGAGCUCGAAAAGACACAUUUGGUGAUGAGGAAUAUGAACUACAUAUCGAGACAGCAGAGAAAUCUUUAAUUUCAGUGCAGUCCCUAUUACAGAAAGGCAUCAUACCAGAAUGGCUGCCAGAAAAACUCUACAGCAUUCAAACCCUAUUAACCAAACUACAAAAGAGUUGCCAGCAAGAUGCAGUUUACAAAAAUGCAUAGGUUGAUUCUACAAUUAGAUGAUUCCUUAUUUUGUAAAAAAGUUGACUGUUACAUAUUGAUUGGUGAAGAUCAAUGUAGAUGAACCUAAACAACAUAUAUGUGAAAGUGAUUUCAAUUGGAGUUGCAUUGACUAUUAAUAACUACACAAAGUUUAUUAAAAUAUAGCUAUGUUAGUAACACUGUAAAUGAAUAAAGACAUGGUCAUUGUUAUUUCUAAUUUUAAAAUAAACCUCUAAAUUAAAA